GCUGUUAACAUUGACCAUUAGCGGACACGAAUGCGCCGAUGAACUGGUGGCAUCGUUUAAAAUAUAGAAGUUCGGCAAUUCCAUAAAAUCCGCAUUUGGUUUUCGAACCUUCCGAUGAAAGUAAUUCGGUUGAACAAUUUUCUGGAUUUAUUUUUCCCGGUAACAUUCAGUGUGAACGUGUUUUAUCUACAAAUUGUUCGUGUAUUUAAACCAUGAACAUCUCAGUUACAUGAUAAAGUUAAAUUCAGUUUGUCGUUUCUGCUAGCAAAAUGGAAAAAGGACCCAUAGAUUCUUUGCAUGUGUGCAAAGCACUGGAUAUUGAAUUUAAUAGUUUAUUACUGACUGUUAGGCAAGACAAAGAAUGCAAAAAAAUAAUUCGAGGUGUCACCGGGACUUUUAAGUCUGGUGAACUUACGGCUAUUAUGGGCCCAUCAGGCGCUGGCAAAACAUCUCUACUUAACAUUCUCACAGGUUACCAAAAAUCAGGCGUCGAAGGGGUGAUCAAAUGCAAAAAUGGGAAGAAAACCAAAACCGGUUCUAGUCAGUACAAAAACGAUUCCUGUUACAUUCUGCAAGAUGAUCAUCUUAUUGCAUAUUUCACAGUUUACGAAAUAAUGUAUUCAACAACUCAAUUAAAGAUUAGUGAACAGUCAAAAGAGAAAAAUGAUCUUUUGAUAGAUUCCAUAUUGACUACUUUAGGACUAGAAAAGACAAAAAAUAUUCGAUGUGGAAACUUAUCUGGUGGUCAAAGAAAACGGUUAUCAAUAGCUUUGGAACUUAUUGAUGAUCCACCAAUUUUGUUCUUGGAUGAACCUACAACAGGCUUGGAUAGUAGCUCGUCCAAUCAAUGUGUCCAAAUGUUGAAAACUUUAGCAGAACGAGGUCGGACGAUAGUUUGUACUAUACAUCAACCCAGUGCCUCCAUGUACCACCUGUUUAGUCAUGUUUAUAUUAUGGCAAAAGGAAAGUGUGUAUACCAAGGGGCCCCGGAAAAUACGGUGCCCUAUCUUGCUUUACAUGGCUAUAUUUGUCCUAAAUAUCACAAUCCAGCUGAUUUCUUGCUGGAAGUGACCAGCGAUGCCAGUACUCAGGAUAUCGAUAAAUUUGCCAUAGCAGCCACAGAAACUAACUGGAGAUCUAGUAUUAAUUCAGAAAACGAUAAAGUGAGUGAAAAAGAAGUGGACAUAAAAAGGCAAAGUGAUAGUUAUGAUUAUCCAGAUGUAGAUAGAUCUAAAAGGCCACAGUCUCAAUGGAAGGUAUUUAAGGUGCUACUAAAGAAGCAAUUUAUCCAUCAAUAUAGAGACUGGACGGUAGCCAAAUUAAAAUUAGUAGUUCACUUCUUAGUAGGCAUAUUCCUGGGGGUAACAUUCCAAAACUGCGGCAAUGACGCAUCUAAAACGCUUCAAAAUUUUUCAUUUUUUAUUACCGGCGUUGUCUAUUUGUGCUACACUUCGCUAAUGCCUGCAGCCUUAAGGUUCCCACAAGAACUGAAGAUAAUCAAAAAAGAACAUUUCAACAGAUGGUACAAACUGAGAACGUUCUAUGCCGCCUUUCUGGCAGCUGAUUUACCUAUGCAGGUUUUACUUGCUGUAUCUUAUACGACAAGCGCCUACGUAGCAACAUCACAACCUCUGGAAUUUAGGAGAUUUUUCAUGGUUUUACUUAUUCAUAGCCUUAUCGGUCUUGUAGCUUCUGGGAUGGGCAUAAUGUUUGGAUCGUUAGUUAAUCCUGUGAAUGGAACUUUUAUAGGAGCAAUUUCAACAGUCACUAUGCUUAGUGUUGCAGGAUUUCUCUGCUUUUUCCCUCAUAUGAACACUGUGUUCUAUUACGCUUCCAACUUGUCCUACUUCAGUUUUUCAAUGGAAGGACUUUUGCAGGCUGUCUAUGGUUACAAUCGGGAAAAACUGGUUUGUCCAGAAGAUGAAAUAUUUUGCUUGUACACAAGUCCAAAGCAAUUUCUUACCGAACUUGGCAUGGAUAAAUUGCCAUAUUGGGUGGAUGUUGGAUGGAUCACUGGAUAUUUUAUUUUGUUUCGACUGUUGGCAUAUUAUAGUUUAAAGUUCAGACUGAAACAUUUGUAAAAAUGAGCCGGUCUAUGAGAGAAAAUGUAAUCACUUUCACUUAAACGCUGCAUAAAUUGUCGAUAUUAGGUGUUAGUCAAAAUUAACUAGUAUUGCAGUAGCUCUUACCAAAGAAGCACUAGGAACUAGACUACAUUUAAUAUUAAACUUAAAAUAUUGCUUUCGAAAGCACCGGGUAAUUAACGAUAGUAUGAUCUGCUUGUUCUGAGGUAAACAAUAAAGUAUAUUUUUUA